AUGAAGACCAAAGUUGCACCUAAUAUCAAAUACGAAACUGAAAGUGUUUCUAGUUCUUCGGCUGAUGGUAUCGAUGAAUUGAAAACUACCUUUUUCUCUUCCAUUAAAUUUCUGCUCAUAAUUUUAAUUUCCUUAUUAAUUUUGAUUAGUGUCGUUUUGCUGUCAGUUAUUUGGAUCAGCAGUUUUAGUUCAGCAGUUGGUGAGAUGAGCAGCAAAGUGAGAAGACAAGAAUUUGAAAAGAUUGUUUCAUUCACUCAAAGGAUUUUAAAUGAUGUCAUGUUAGUGACAGAAUCUGUCAAAUCUCAAUUAUAUUCUGAUUUUGAUUUUGACACCAUGAUUGAAAAGCACAUGUUUAAAGCCAUGAGAGUAGCUCAGAAAUAUCUACCAAGUGUUACCCAGGGAGUCAAUAUAGGUGAUCCAUUUGGAGCCUUUUAUGGACUAGCUCACUUUGGGGAUGAAAUUACUUUUUAUAAUAUCACUCCAGGAAAAGAUCAGUACUAUUACAAUUGUCGAAACUUUUACACUAGUGACUAUUGUAAUAGAUCUUCUGAACCUGAUAUUGUCUAUCCUCCAUUCACUUCCAAUUUUGUGGCAGAAUCUGCUUCAGUCAACCCUGGCAAUCCGGUGUUUACAGUUUCGUAUGUGGAUCCAACCUUACCGAAUUUUGUCUUCCUUACAGCAGUCUCAUCUUUCAAACAGGGAAAUAUCAAGUCAGGUGCCAGUUUUUCAUACUUUUUUGGUUAUGACAUGACCGUGGCUUCAAUUUCUGAAUUUUUAGUUGAAAUUACAAAAGAAGUGAGUGGCUCAUCUUCGUUUAUUAUAGAAAAGAAGACAGAUUUCAUUAUUGCAAGUGACCAUCCAGAGGUUGCGGUUGCCACAGUCGAUUCUCAAGGAAACGUUCAAAGAAAAACAGCAAACGAUUUUGGAGGUGAUGUUACCAAAAUUGGUAAUAUUGUUUAUGGAGCUUUUAAAUCAUUUGAUGAAUUAACUUGCAAUACUGAAAGUGUACUAUCAGAUGUUAGUAAUGUCAUUUCGGUUUAUAGACUUUGUACUGAGGAGGGAUUGGAAUGGGUUCUUGUGUUUAGUGUUCCUCACUGGAAUUAUAUUGGAUCGAUGGUUAUUGCGAUAAUUUGUGCCAUUUUGGGAUCAAUUCUGAUCGUUUCUAUUGCCAAAACAAGUUGUGGACAAAUUGGAAAGUUUGAAAAUGAAAUGGUGACUAUUCAUUUCAAUGCCACAAAUGAUCAAAAUCAACAUGAAAUGAAAGGUCUACAAUUAUGUCAUGUCCUCCUAUCCAAGUUAAAUGGAUACAAGGAAAGAAAAUUAAGGAAACAUCAAUUAUUGGAAAAGUAUAAGGAAUCCUCUCUCAUAGAACGAUUCAACUUUAGAAUAGUUGCCAAUAGUCAAUAUAAUUUGUGUGGAAAUUUGGGAACGAAACAAGUGAUGACAUUUUCAAUUCUUGGAAGUACACCUUUCAAUUUACAAUCAAUGAUUGAAACUGCUAAGGAAUUGGAUGUUCCAAUAUUAAUUUCAGAUGAUUUGAAUGAAAAGGUUGAUAAUUUAUUCCAAACUAGAUAUGUGGAUACGAAAGAAAUGGUCAUUGAUCAGUAUUACACCUCCCCUGUAUCUGAUUCGAAUUUGUUUAGUAUGAGAAGAGUUUAUGAAUUGGGAGAAUCUUCUCAAAUUGCGCAAGAUGAAUGGAUGUAA